AUGAGCGCAGAGCCAGACCACACCCACGAGAAGAAGAGGGUCAACCUCAAUGACCCCUCGGGCGCCGAGAAGAAAGAGGAGCUUGACACCUCGACCGCUAUCCUCAAGAAGAAGAAGAAGCCCAACUCUCUGAUUGUUACGGAUGCCGUCAACGAUGACAACUCCGUUAUUGCCCUCUCCAACAACACGAUGGAGACCCUCCAGCUCUUCCGCGGUGAUACCGUUCUUGUCAAGGGCAAGAAGCGCAAGGACACUGUUCUGAUUGUCUUGGCGGAUGAUGAUCUCGAUGACGGCAGCGCUCGCAUCAACCGUGUCGUCAGACACAACCUCCGUGUCAAGCACGGCGACAUGAUCACCGUCCACCCUUGCCCCGAUAUCAAAUAUGCCAAGCGUAUUGCCGUCCUGCCCAUUGCCGACACCGUCGAGGGCCUGACCGGCUCCCUCUUCGACGUCUACCUUGCCCCCUACUUCCGCGAAGCCUACAGACCCGUCCGACAGGGAGAUCUGUUCACAGUACGAGGCGGUAUGAGACAGGUGGAGUUCAAGGUGGUUGAGGUUGAUCCCCCGGAGUACGGUAUUGUGGCUCAGGACACGAUCAUCCACUGCGAGGGCGAGCCCAUCCAGCGUGAGGAUGAGGAGGGCAACCUCAACGAGGUCGGUUAUGAUGACAUUGGUGGCUGUCGCAAGCAGAUGGCUCAGAUCCGCGAGUUGGUCGAAUUGCCCCUGCGUCACCCCCAGCUCUUCAAGUCCAUCGGUAUCAAGCCCCCUCGUGGUAUCCUGAUGUACGGUCCUCCCGGUACUGGUAAGACUCUGAUGGCUCGUGCUGUUGCCAACGAGACCGGUGCCUUCUUCUUCCUGAUCAACGGACCCGAGAUCAUGUCCAAGAUGGCCGGUGAGUCCGAGUCGAAUCUGCGUAAGGCUUUCGAGGAGGCCGAGAAGAACUCCCCCGCCAUCAUCUUCAUCGAUGAAAUCGAUUCCAUCGCCCCCAAGCGUGAGAAGACCAACGGAGAAGUCGAGCGCCGUGUUGUCUCCCAGCUCCUCACCCUCAUGGACGGUAUGAAGGCCCGCUCCAACGUCGUUGUCAUGGCCGCCACCAACCGCCCCAACUCCAUCGACCCUGCCCUUCGUCGUUUCGGUCGUUUCGAUCGUGAGGUCGACAUCGGUAUCCCGGACCCUACCGGCCGUCUCGAGAUCCUGUCGAUCCACACCAAGAACAUGAAGCUGGGUGACGAUGUCGAUCUGGAGACGAUCGCUGCCGAGACCCACGGUUACGUCGGUUCCGAUCUUGCUUCGCUCUGCUCUGAGGCCGCCAUGCAGCAGAUCCGUGAGAAGAUGGACCUGAUUGACUUGGAUGAGGAUACCAUUGACGCUGAGGUCCUUGACUCUCUUGGUGUCACCAUGGAGAACUUCCGUUACGCCCUUGGUGUUUCCAACCCCUCCGCUCUGCGCGAGGUUGCCGUCGUCGAGGUCCCCAACGUCCGGUGGGAGGACAUUGGUGGUCUCGAGGAGGUCAAGCGCGAGCUUAUCGAGAGCGUCCAGUACCCUGUGGACCACCCCGAGAAGUUCCAGAAGUUCGGUCUUUCUCCUUCCCGCGGUGUGCUGUUCUACGGCCCCCCUGGUACUGGUAAGACCAUGCUGGCCAAGGCCGUGGCCAACGAGUGCGCUGCCAACUUCAUCUCCGUCAAGGGUCCUGAGUUGCUGAGCAUGUGGUUCGGUGAGUCUGAGAGCAACAUCCGUGACAUCUUCGACAAGGCUCGUGCCGCCGCCCCCUGCGUCGUCUUCCUCGAUGAGUUGGAUUCCAUUGCCAAGUCCCGUGGUGGAUCCGUGGGCGAUGCUGGUGGUGCUUCCGACCGUGUUGUCAACCAGCUCCUGACCGAAAUGGAUGGUAUGACCUCCAAGAAGAACGUCUUCGUCAUCGGUGCUACGAAUAGACCCGAGCAGCUGGACGCUGCCCUGGUCCGUCCGGGUCGUCUGGAUACUCUGGUCUACGUUCCCCUGCCCGACCAGGCCUCGCGUGAGAGCAUUCUCAAGGCCCAGCUGCGCAAGACGCCCGUUGCUCCUGACGUCGACAUCUCCUUCAUCGCCAGCAAGACCCACGGCUUCUCCGGUGCCGAUCUUGGCUUCGUUACUCAGCGUGCUGUCAAGCUUGCCAUCAAGCAGUCGAUCAGCGCCGACAUCGACCGCCAGAAGCAGCGCGAGGCCCAGGGUGAGGACGUCAAGAUGGAGGACGAGGAGCUUGAGGAGGAGGACCCCGUGCCGGAGCUGACCCGCGCCCACUUCGAGGAGGCGAUGAAGUCGGCCAGAAAGUCGGUUAGCGAUGUGGAGAUCCGCCGCUACGAGGCCUUCGCGCAGAGCUUGAAGAACUCUGGCGGCAGCACCUUCUUCCGCUUCCCUUCCUCGGGUGAGGUGGCGGACAACAACACUUUUGGCGAAGCCGGCAAUGAUGACAGCCUCUACGACUAAACUGUAUCCUUUCAUGCUUUGUUUCAUGCGCACUUCGUUAGAUCAGCGGGGUGAGCCUCGACUAAAUCACGUUGGUUGACAAGUACUUUUGUGGCCAUUUCUUAUUAUUCUGGGUGCUAAGAUAGUUCUGAUCAUCUAAUAGCCAAGAAGUUGCUACGAUGUGUUU